AUGAAACUUGAUAUUGAUAGUAAAGGAAGACAUUUCAAAUGCCUGUUUUUCGCUUUUGAGGCAUGUAUUCAUGGUUUCAAGUAUUGUCAGCCUGUGUUGAUGCUUGAUGAAACUUUCUUGAAAGGAAGACACAAAGGUUGUUUAUUGGCUGCUACGGAAAAAGACAGUAACCAAGGUUUAUACCCAUUAUGUUUUGCUAUUGUUGAUAGUGAACGUUAUGACAAUUGGCAUUGGUUCUUGUCAAAGUUAUUUGUUAUUUUGACUCCGGGAAGGGAUAUUACGUUUGUUACUGAUCAACAUGGAGGUUUGCUGAAAGUUUUAGCUAAGGUCUUUUCGUUUUCUUCUCAUUCUUUUUGUCCAAUGCAUUUGAAAACGAACUUGAAGACUUAUUUGUCAGUGAAGAGUUGCGAAUCUAAAAAGUAUUUGCUCACUCCUUUUAGUAGAUGUGCAUAUUCUCCUACUAUUGAGUUGUUUAAUGAGCUAUUUGAAGAAUUUAAGGGUCGUUGUAGUCGUAAUGUUCUGAAAUUUCUUGAGGAUUUGCCUAAUGAGUGUUGGUGUAACCCUUAUUUUCAAGGCAAGAGGUAUGGUGAAAUGUGCACAAAUGCUGCAGAAUCUUUUAAUUCGUGGAUUAGGGAUAAGCACCAUUUGUUUUCAACUAAUAUUGUUGAUGCUAUACGGGUGAAACUAAUGGAGCAAUUUUCAAAAAGAGAAAAAUCUUAUUCUUGUCGGUUGUUGGAAAUUGAUUCUUUUCCUUGCAAACAUGGUUUUUAUGCUAUAAAGAGGAGUGAGAAGGAUCUGAAUUGUUUUCUUGAUGAUUACUACCAUGUUCGUAGUUGUUGUAAUUCUUAUUCGCAUUCUAUCUAUCCAGUUCCUAGUAUGUGGAAGCCAAAUGUAGUUCUUGAUGAUGACGUUGUUUUACCUCCUCUUUGUAAGAAACCAGUUGGAUGUCCAAGAAUAGAGAGAAUACCUUCGAAGGGCGGAUCAAGAGAAUUAGGUGCAGUAAGUGUGGAAAGAUAG